GGUUUCUGGCCGGGCCUUGUUGCGAAUCGGUUGCAGCAUCGCGAUUUUGGCUUCCGCAAUCACACCCUUCGCGUCGCAAAUCCAGCUGCCCCUGCUUUUCCAUCGCCAUCCGGACGUCCUUCGACGAUUCCUUGCGGUUCUUCUUUCAUGUUUGUGGCGGCGGCGGUGGUGGUUGCAGUGCCAACCGUGGUGCCAUCACUACAGCAUAAGUAGUCUCGGAGUGAGCCAAAGCCAGCUUCCAGGGGCGGAAGUGGCCAGCGCGAGAGCCGAUUCUUGCGUCGGUCGAGAAAUUUCGCGUGUGUGCAUGGUGGCGAUGGUCGCGCUCGCAUGAGCCACAUGGUGUGUAGGAAUUUUUUCGAAGUAUGUGGAUUGCCAGCGAAGUAGAGCUGGAACUUUUUCAUCGGAAUUUUUGGCAAGUGUGUUUAUGAGGUUGUCGAGACCUCUCGUCGUGGGUUGAGGUUUCAAUGUGGAUGGUGGUUUGUGGUGCGGAUGCGGGGGAGGAGUGGAGUAGUUUGUGGCGUAUUGUUGCGGUCGGGAUUUUUUGUUUUUGACAUUUCUCCUUCUUUGUGUUCGCGGCUGAUGUUUGAUUGUGGAGUUUUGAAGUUCAUGCUAGGGUCGUUACAGUGUUCCUUAUGGUUGUUGAUGAGUGAUGGUAGUGGGAGUAGCGAGGUGUUCGUGGGCGCAGCAUUUUGAGUAAGAAGUGUGGCUCUUGGUUUUGUGUCGGAGCUUCUUGCCAAUUAGGGAGUAGAACUCGAAUUGGGCUUGAAUCGGUGUUGUGUGGCUUCUAUUGCGUUUUUGCCUGGGGUUUCCGCAAGAGCUUGAUUAAGGCGUCAUUGCGAAUGUGGUUGUGCGGCAUUCCUACUCAGUGUUUCGAUUAUCGCUAUCUUCUCGAUUCAUAGUCUCUAGGAUUAUUUUAGUUAUUGUCGAAGUUUCUUUUUUAGCAUUUUGCUUUUGUGCAGAGGUUUCAGUCGCAGAUUAGGUUAUUUUUCUCGUGAAUGCUGCGCUUGUUCUUCUAUUAACGAUACUAGCAUUCGGCCUUUCUCAGCGUGGUUUUUGAUUUCGAGGCAAUCCUUUAUUCAACACCCUUGUGCAUUUUCGUGCGCAGGCUUCAGUGCCUGAGUAAAUGUUGUCGCAGGAUCUAAAAAGUAAUGGCGCCUCGGGGGCGUGGAAGAGGAGAAUUUAAAGCUAAGCAAGAGAAAGUUAAGUCGCUGGAGAUUAGAGAACCAACGUACGACUCGGACAGCUACGAAAACCAUGUGAUAGAUCUUCGAGGUGAUGAGUAUCAGAGCACGAGGCAAAAGGAAUCAGACGCAGGGAGUAGUGAUUUUGAGGAUCGUUCAUCUGUUAAAGAAGAGGCCCAGUCACAAAGUGAGGGCUCUUCCAAAGAAUAUCCGGAGUUUCAAAAUGAAAGCUCAUCGAAAGGAGACGCUCAAUCAGAAAACGAGGGAUCAAUAGGGAAUAGUGUCGGCCCAGAAGUGGAUGUAGGAGGAAGUGAUUCAGUGACGGUGACAAACCAUAAUGAAGAAACCGAGAGCGAAGAAACUCACAGCGUAGAGUUUCUAGGGGGUGCUAUCUUAAACGCUCUUGCCCCACAAGAUCCUCAAAUCUCUGAUGUAGGGUUUGGAGCUGACGGCGGUGCUGACGAAGGGACUUCUAUGGCUGUAACAGAGGCCUCUCCACGGUUUAAGCACGGGCAGCUUGUGUGGGCAAAGUUUGCGAGGUUUCCUUGGUGGCCUGCUGAGAUCAUCAACGAGAGGGCCUUUCAACCAGGUACUGGCGGUAACAGGCGAAGCAAUACAGAUGUUUUAGUGCGCUUCUUCGGAACUUACGAUUAUGGUUGGGUGGAUCCAGAAGUGGGUUUAUCAGAAUUUGAUGUGAAGAUGCAAGAAAGGAGUAGAAUUAAGAAGAAGGCAUUUCAGAAGGGUAUUGAAGAGGCACUUGAGUAUCGUAGAAGUGGAAAGCUCCCAGACUCCUUCACGGUUUCUACAGAACAAGAGGAGCCUAAAACACCCAAGAAACCACAUAGCAAUGGUGUUAGAGCAAAUGGUAUGGGUCAGCAAACCCCUGAAGAUGAGGGGACAGAGCAAAGACGAGCUGCGCGUAAACGGAAGCCUAAGGUUCUUUACGAGGAGGAGGAGAGAGUACAACGAAAACCAGAACGAAGGUUGAGAAGGUUACGUAUAAUGCGACAGCUUGGGUUGGCUGCUCCUACAGGAUCUCCCUUUAUUUUGGACACAAGAAUGCUAGUUUAGGAAAUUGAGACAAUUCUUUUUUAGCAAAGCGUCUCAAUUUUUGAACUUGAUGAGACAUUGAAAUCUGGUAGAAAGUUAGUCAGCUGCAUGUAGUUUUAAUCAUUUCCAUUUUACAUUAAGUAAUCGACGAGCAGUACGUAUGUCUUUGACACCAUUGCUAACUUAGUCUCCCUGCAUCUGCUGUAUAACAUGCUGAGCAGGGUGCACGCUCUAAGCAACCCUGCAUCAAUUCUUGGCUGAAGUAAAGUCAAUCGCCCGCCCAGGGAACACAAUUUUUUGCUACGACA